AUGGGUAUGAUAUGCGGGGUGGUUAUCUCGGUCAUAGGCGCUGUUUUAGUAAUAGUAAUAAGCAGUGUAGGAUAUGCGGUUAUUCCCGGUAUAGUUGAAAGGAGUAUUAUAAAUGAAAUAACGCUAAUUAAUGACACGAUACAAUUAGAGAGGUUCAUGACGGUGCCGUUCCCACUUAACUUCACCGUGCGUUUGUGGAAUAUUACAAACAGGGAUGAGGUCCUAGCCGGUGCAGUACCCGUUAUGACCGAAGCUGGACCUUAUAUUUACAAGCUACAUCAACAAAGAAUUAUUGAUGAGCUGGAUGAAAGCAAUAUAACCUACAGAAUUUUGAACCACUUUGAGUUUGAUCCCAUAGCUUCUUAUCCUAAUACUGAAGACGACAUCGUUACAAUGAUCAAUAUACCUUACCAUGCCAUCAUACAGGUCGCAGAGACGCUAUUCCCGGGUAGUACCAUAACCCAGUUGUUAAACCCUUUCCUUGGAAGCGUCUUCGGAGAGUUCAACACACCCAUUGCGCCAUUUCGUGUCCGAGACGUUCUAUUUGAUGGAAUACCAAUUUGUCAGAGCUCUGGGAUCCCAGCUGCAACCAUAUGCCAGUUAAUCAGAAGCAUGAGUGAUGACACCCAAAAUAUGGAACCGCAACAAGAUGGCUCACUGUUAUUUUCAUUGGUCGGUUAUAGAAAUGGGAACCCGAGUCACACAUACGUAGCGUCUCGUGGUUUGGAUGACCAUGCCGAUCUAGGACGCAUCUUUUUGUACAACAAUUUGACUAGCUUGCGAUUCUGGAAAGACCCGGAGGGAGAAAUCGGCGGUGGCGGCGUUUGCAACAUGAUCAAUGGCACCGACUCCGGCAUCUUCGCGCCGUUCCUUACCGAGGACACAAUACUCUACGCUCUUAACACCGAUAUCUGCAGGUCAGUAAAGUUGCAGUACCAACAGGAUUCGGAGUACGAAGGCAUUCCGACUAUGCGGUUUGCAGCAAACGAGUGGUUCCUGAAUAACGACGAUGGAUGCUUCUGUCUCAACAUGACGCACGGCAUCAACCAAGAAAAUGGCUGCCUGCUGCAUGGUGCCAUUGAACUCUUUACUUGCACUGGCGCAUACAUGGUGUUAACUAACCCCCACUUUCUCUUCGCUGACAUCCGAUACAGAAAUGGAGUAAUAGGCAUGACUCCCAACGUUGACCAACACCGAAUAUUCCUUGACUUAGAACCGAAUACAGGAAUAUUGGUGCGUGGCGCAAAACGAGCUCAAUUCAAUGUCUUCAUGCGCUCAGUUGCUGGCAUAACAGCCACUCAGAAUUUACGCACCACGCUAACGCCUAUCUUCUGGGUUGAAGAGGGCAUGUCCCUUCCUGAAAAAUAUGUCGAUGAAAUCAAGUCCAACUUGCUGUCGUCGCUGAAUUUGAUACGAAUACUGGUACCGGUCCUUAUAGCAGUAUCUACGCUGAUCCUUGUCAUUGGCCUGGCGGUCAUAGUUAUAGUAAAAAUGAGGAUGUCUAAAGAGCAACCUAUAACCAUGCCGGUCACACGGCCAGCAUUCACAACAUGAAAAUAAAUGUUACC